CGACCCCUUUUCUAACCGCCACUUCAUCACGCCAAGCAUAUGCCUUCUAAUAUUCUAGUAUUCUACCAAACCUUGCCUAUUAAAUUCCCCUCUCAACACCCCUUUUCCUACCUUCUUCACCAUCAUCAUCAUCACAAUUUUGCUCUUUGGUUUCAAAUCAUCAAUUGGUGAUGAAGUUUGGGAAGAGACUGAAGCAACAGAUUCAGGAGUCUUUGCCCGAGUGGAGGGACAAGUACUUGUCCUACAAGGAGUUGAAGAAGCUUGUGAGACUCAUUUCCGCCGCGACACCAACGUUGGAAUAUGGCAAGAACGAGGCUGAUUUCAUGUACUUGUUGAACCAUGAAAUUGACAAGUUCAAUGCCUUCUUCAUGGAGCAAGAGGAGGACUUCAUCAUUCGCCAUAUGGAAGUGCAACAGAGAAUCAAGAGAGUAGUUGAUCUAUGGGGACCCAAUGGUAGUCAACCUUCAGAAGCGGAUUAUAGGGAGGAGAUGGCAAGAAUCAGAAAAGAUAUAGUUGAUUUCCAUGGUGAAAUGGUUCUCCUAGUAAACUACAGCAACAUCAAUUACAUUGGGUUGGCUAAAAUUCUGAAGAAAUACGACAAGAGAACAAAGAGGCUUCUGCGUUUGCCAUUCAUUCAGAAAGUGUUGGAGCAGCCCUUUUUCACAACGGAUCUAAUUUCAAAGCUUGUGAGGGAAUGUGAGAGCAUAAUCGAUGCAGUGUUCCCAGCAGAGAAAGAAGCCGAGAGAGCAAAAGAAGCAAUAACAGUAGCAGGAGAAGGGAUAUUCAGAAACACAGUUGCAGCUUUGCUCACAAUGCAAGAGAUGAGAAAAGGAAGCUCCACACAGAGCCCCUUCUCUCUGCCACCCCUCAACUUCCCUGACUCUGAUCUCAUCCGCUCAAUACAUCUUAAUACAGCUGUUUCAAUUGUCUAAUAUCAUGAGAAUAUUUAUAAAAAACAAUUAUCACACUUUAAUUUGCUCACACAAAUGGGUUGUGUAAUACAAUUUACUAGAUGUUUAAUUAUAAUAUAUUUAGAUGGAGUAACACAGUAGUUACAUGAAAUGUGUCUCCAUCCAUUCCAAGGCUUUUUAGUAAUUAUAAUUGGAUAGGGUAUUUGCAUUUUACUUUCACUGUUAUACAUAUAGGGUUUUCUUUGUAUUAUAAACAGGAGAAAUAAAAACAUGCAUCUUUACUUGUCA